GUACGCUCGUCAGUCGACGGCCGAACUUGAAACGCGCGGCUUCGCGUUCCAUUCGUACAUCUGUGCGUCCAAUUACGAUCGUCGCGCCAAAACAACGACGCGAACUAACCAAACUAUUCCUCUCGCGAUUUUUAUACGUCGCGGCUCGAUUCACAUCAUCGAUCGAUUACACGUCCCUUCAUCUGGAUCUCGUCCAGAAAUUUCUGUAACCGGAUCCUUUUGAUCCGGAUCGUAUUCGCCGCCAGUUCUCGUCAUUCGUGGGCAAGUACGGCGGCCGGUCUAAAGUGCUCCUAAAGUAUAUCUACCGUACGUACAAAGCCCCUGCACACCUGCAACCGGCGUAAACUGUACAACAACUGUGACUACGUAUAACUGUUACGUGGGACAACGCGUUUCGAGAUCGUGGUCGAUCAAGAACAAUGUCCGUAGGUCGGAAGAAUUUCAUUUCCAUCGCAAUUUCAUUGCUUUCACGAUCCAUUUGCCUUUUCCGAUCCAUCGACCAAUCAUCGCGUCAGAAAAUAUACACUUUCAACUGGAUCACUGCCUCGGUGGAACAAUAGUAUGGAACGAUAGUGUUCUCAUUUUCUGAAAUUCUGUACCCUUUAAUCGGUAUAAAAAAAAAAGGAUUGAAUUUGAAUAUACUCAAUUUACGACGAUUCAACUUCAUUGCAACGUUUCUUAAAUAAACGCGCGUUUCACUUGGUAUCACGUAAAUGGAUUUAUCUGGGUAAUUAGAGACUAAUUGUCUGGUCUCUCGAGCGGCCAAACCUGCAUGGACGUUAUUCGCUCGAAUGAAAUUCAUCCGGCCAUAAUUAUUUUAGAAUUGCUUUACAACUCGUGAACACGGUUCCCCACUAUUUUAGUACAACGUAAUAUUCCCGUUUUAAAUUUUUAGUCAUUUUUUGAACGAAAUAAAAAAUUCUAAGCAAUUAACUUUUGGAACUUGAUUCAACUGAAUCGAUUCUAAAAAUUUCUCGAAAGCUGGAAAGAUCAUCGAUUCUAUCGGGUAUUUUUACUUGAAAAGGAAUAAUGAUUAAAAAUUUUUUACCAUCCCGUCAGAAACUUUCCCAAUCUAGCUCGCUCGUCAUUUGACCCAUUUUAAAAUUUAACUCGAUUAACAUUUCAAUCUUCGAAUCUCACUUCUUAACGUCAAAAUAUAGGAUUAGUGUUUUUUAAUUCUUCACGAUCCACUCAAUCACCCUCUCAAUAAAAUCGUGUCACCUCUUAAUCUCGAUUAAUCCGCACUCCAUCGAUUUUAUACAUUGAAUUUUACCUCGAAAUCAAAGAUCGAACAUUGUACAACAAAACAAAACAGUGUAAUAAACGAUAUCUCGACCGAGAUCCAUCUUCCGUAAAUUCACGCGUUGUUGUGUAACUACUACACUCGCCUCGUUUCUUGCUCGUUUCGAUUAUUUUCUUUUACCCUUUCCACUUUUUAGCAGCGAUCGUUUUUUACACCGUCGAAAUCAGAUGGGGGGAAAAAGUUGGUAACUGUUGGCGAAACAACAAGACAAUGGACGAGUAAAAAAAGUUUAACGCGGGAUUCGCGAGAGGAGGAGGAGGUGGAGGAGGAACAAAGCGAGGAACGAUGCUCGUUGUUCGAGCCAUGGCUCGCGACUUCGUCGACCGAUAAGCGAGCGCGAAAUUUUCGCGGGAAGGACAAUGCGGACGCAUUGGCGGCCCCCCCUCCUCCACUGCGGAGCCAACGUCGAAAUUGCGUGUCGAAAUGGCCGGAAUACCAGCGCCUCUAAUUGCGCUCUUUUCAACCGACGAAACGAAAUUUCAAUCCCCCGAAAAACUCUUGCAAGGGCUCCGACUCUUGGAGGGAAACGGUCGAGAAUCCGUCCGCAUCGAUGGGUUGAUCGAACGGAGCGCAUUGAAUCGCUAUUGGUUGUCGCGUUUAUCCCCGACUCGUUGGAAAACUGCACUAGACGAGGAACUAGACGAGACGCAUCGGCCGGGGGAUUCGAUCAUCCUGUAAUAACCGUGCCAUGUCAAGACAAAUAUGCGGCGAGCUCGUGGAUAAAUGCACGAUACACGGGAUCACCAUGGACGCGGUUCAAUUGUUCCUUGUGCUGCUGGCAUCGUCGCGCUACUUUCUACAUCCGAUCGAUGGUGCUGUUCGCAGCGAGAAGCCGGCCAACGAGGAGAAUAGAAAUAACGUCCCUUCUUCGGUAGCUGCAUCUGUCAAGGAUGUCCUGGCGCAGUCCGGCGGCAACGCUAUGCUGCCUUGUAGAUUCUCCGGCCCCGGAAUAGUAACAUGGAUCAGAAGAAAGGACAGGCAAUUACUGACGUUGGGGACGGGUACUCACGCCAUCGAUACGCGAUUCGUCGUCGUCUCCAACAGCCCAGACUGGACGUUACUGAUCAAGAACGUUAAGCGCGACGACGCCGGCCUCUACGAGUGCCAGAUUCAAACGGAGCCAGUCCAACAGCGAUUCAUUGAAUUAAGAGUGACGGAGGCGUACUCGGUCAUCCCCGGUGGCCCCGACCUGCACGUGAAGCAAGGAUCGAGCCUCCGGCUCGAGUGUCAAUUAAUCGCGUCGACCGAGGCGCCCAGCUUCAUCUUCUGGUAUCGAGAGGGGCGCAUGAUCAACUACGACAACGAGCCAGGUGUCAGGGUUGAAGCUUCGAAAAACGGGUCGAUCCUGGUCGUCGACAAAGUGAAACUUUCCCAUGAUGCUAAUUACACUUGUUCGCCGAGCAACGCGAAACCUGCGUGCAUCAUGAUACACGUGAUCGAAGAAGAGGAAAAACCGGCGGCUAUGCAUGGCGGUGAUCGGCGAAACGCUACGUCGAGAGCGUCCAUCAACGUCAUGUUGAUUUUUCUCACUUUUCUCGGUAUACGCGCCUCGAGUCGACUUUGCCCGCGACAAACCUGCGCCACGUGACCAGCCUAUCCUCUCAACUUCGUCACCGAAUUGAUACAGGCCAGGGAAUAAUCUCAAUCUCCCUCUACUUCUAUCUUCUCCUCGCCUUCGAGCAUUUCUCUUCACGAAUGGACGCUUCGUUCGUUGCACGACAAUUGGGACGUCCAGUUUCAGGGAGAAAUAUCCUUAACGACAUUUUUGAUCUUCGGGAAUACGUUCGAGGAGAAGAAAAUUAGAGAGGUGGAAAAAUUAAAAUUACGCGGUAAUUUUUCACUCCUGCACAAAAAUACAUUUUGAGAUUGGAAUUCUCAAAAAAUUGUUCUUCGUAGAGUUGAUCGAUCUUUUCGGCGAGUGGAAAAUAAAUCCCGUGUCGAUCAAAGCGUCCAUUCGCGAAUAAAUAUAUUCUUUCUCUCUUUUCUCGAGAAAGAGAGAGAGAGAGAGUAUAUAUAUAAUUCGACGAUUUAAUUUAAAGGCUUCCUCCUCAUAAAGCCUAAUAAAUUAUCGAACUCGAAAAUAAGAAUAGCACGCGAGAUGUCUAUUUUUCACUUUUCACAUUCGAAUUGAAUUCGGGAAGCGUGUAUUCGUGAUCUUGAAAAUAAUUUCAACGUUCGCCGAUAUAAAUAUAUACGAUAUAUUUAGAUCGAGAAUAGGAGAUUGAUUUAAAAGAUACUUAGAGAAAAAAAAGGAAAAAAGUUCGUUCUAUUAAAUGUUGAAAAACGUUAACGUAAGGCAUUCGCGACGCUGCAACGAUUAUCGUGAAACGUGCGUAACCGAACGUAAAGCUCAAGCAAUAUUAUAAAUCGAGUAUUAUAAAUUCGUUUUUUAACCGAGUAUCCCCACCUAUGUACGUAUAUACGUACACAGGAUGUCCAAAAGAAAAUUAACAUGAGUGAGCGUUAGAAAUUAAACCGAUUCUUUCUUCUUCGAUCUUUGUUUUCUUUCUUUUUAAAAAUAUCUUACAAAUGAUUCGUAAUUAUAUAAUGCGACCAUCCUAUACGCGAAAAAGAAAAAAGAAAAACUUCGAUGCACUUAUCGGUUUAUACUCUUUUCCUAGAACGAGUAUAUGCGAGGGAAACGAAUAAACGUGCGAGGCGAUUGGCAUCGAGCCAACAGGAGGAGAAAAAAGAAAAGGUGCGCAACACAUCCGUUUACAUUUUUUAAACAGAAAGGACCGUUCGAUUAAACGGUCGAGCGUCACAAAUUUCUAUAAUGAAGGGGAAAGGAGAAAGAGAAGCGCGUUUCAUGCGAUAUAUAUAUAUAUAUGAAUUCACACGGGCGACGAAUGGAUUCGAGUUCAAUAUUCUCUUUCCUUUUCGUCCAUAAGUCUAAAUUUCUCUCUCUCGCGCGCGCGCGUAUAAAUAAAGAACGACAGCCGUCGAAACACGUGCAAAGAUUUCGCGUCCAUUCACGCAACGCGCAACAAUCGAUAUUGACACGGUGGUGACACGCGUUGAAUGAAGAAUUGAAGGAAAAGGCUUUUCGAGGUUUUCUCCAAUAUAAUUUUUAAUUUUAAAGGUAAAAGUGUCGGUCGCGGGGUAUUUACAUGUAUACCGAUUUAAACGAAGAACAAAAGUGAACUCGAUUUCUCGCGUCUCGUUAAAGAAGAUUCGCGAAUUUUUCGAAUUUUUUUUUAGGGAAAAAGAAAAUUUGAACGAAAUAAAAAAUUUUUUCCGAGUUUUUUUUUUAAAGAGAGAGAGAGAGAGAGAAGGAUACAACGGACUAAAAUUUAAUUUCAAUUUUAACGAAGGCAAAUAUCGUUCGGUUAAUAAUUGAGAACUGAUUAUAGAAAGGUAUAUUUGUACGAUCAAAUUAAAAUUUUCAUUAUCAAAAUAUUAUUUUUCGGCGAAAAUUUAUUAUUUUCAAUUAUUUCCACUCAAAUAAUUUAUUAUUGCGACGCAUAUUUAUAUAUAUAUAUAUAUAUAUCCAGUUUUCAAUUAGGCGAGAUAGAGGAGAUUAAACGAGCCACGUCGUAUCGUAAAUUAUACGAAUGCCAAUACACGAUCGCCAAUUUUUUUCUUCUUUUUUUUUUUUUUAUUAACAAACCGUAGGCACGAAAAAUCCAACGAAAUGAUUUUACCUUUUGCGAACACGAUUACAUAGUAGCCUGAAAACACGUGAACAGUUUAGUCAACAUUUCCUCUCCCGAUAUAAAAUGAAAGUAUGAUUGAAAAUUGUUAAACUGGUAAAAAAAAAAAUAUAUAUAUAUAAAAGAAUACGAACAAUUCUCUACAUUUCGUUCAAACUAGUUUUAUACAGCUCGAUGUGUUUUUCCAUUGGAAAAAUAUUAAACUCGCUUAACAAAGGGUACUUGGACGGAUGGAGUACGCAAUCAUCGUUUGUCAUAUGCUUCGCCACGGGAAAAGAGGAGUCUUUCUAUCCACUAUAAUACUCGAAUCACUGUUUCCAGGUAAUUAUUAGAAAUAAUCACUCGAUGUAUUCAAUGUGAUCAAUGUAAAUACGUGUAUACUAUUAACAAUAUAAUACUUUAAAACGUAUGUUUAAUAAGCAAAGAUAAGUAAUAAGUAUCAAAAGGUGUGCGUUUCUUUCGUGCGAAAUAAAUAUAUAUAACAAUAAGAAUUUUACAAUAUAUCUUUUUACACGGAACGAGAGAUUAUUAUUAUUAUUAUUAUUAUUAUUAUCAUCGCGUCUUGUGGGAUAAGGAUAUAAUUUCUCAUAUUUAUAAUACGAUACGAACAAUUCGAUAUCGAUGAUCGAUUUCUUGAUAAAAUCAUCAGAGAUGAUUUUCAACUGCCCGACUUAUUAAUUAAUCCGCUACCCAUACAGGCAGCAUUAUAAAACUUAUUAGCAGCAAUAAUCGAAAUUGCAUUAAUUGACGUACGCGGAUUUGAUUCGUUUAACGAAUCAAUUUGUUUCGACGAUAAUAUAUGUAUCGAGUGAUUUUCAAUAUCGACGUUUUAUGAAAUAUUUUUCGUUGAUAUGACAAAGAAAUCUAAGGAUGGAAUAAAAUCAUACAAGAUUUUCAUCUCUAUAUUAUAAUGUAAAAAAAAAAAAAAAAGAAAUGAAAAAUCAUAAUAAAUAAAUUGGACUUUUUCAAUCAAA